AUGAUUGGCACAGCUGGGAGCCAUGUUCAGCUUCAUGUGGCGGUGGGACAAGACAAAGGUAUCACGAAUCAUGUGUUCGAGGUGACAAAGAGUGGGACAAAGGUUCAUGUAAUGAGUUUUGUUACAAUGGCGUUACCUACAGAUCCGGAUGCUCUUGCCCAGCUUGGCGUACCGGGGAAUGCUGUUCAGUUACGCUCAAACAUCUUUUUACCUCUCCGAUAUAGGAGAUUAUGCGUUAGAUUUGAAGCAAAAGGAGGUGGAUAUGUAAUAGCGAACGACCUUGUCAAUAACAGAAAUAAACGUCCACAGGCGUACGACAAGACAGUUAUGCAGAACGUUAUUUGCUACAGAUAUGACUCCAUGUCACCAAAGCAUUGCACUGAAAUGAAUACGUGUAACGCAUCAAAUCCAAAUGCUCGGCCAUUGAAUGUUAACAAACGGAUAACAAGGGAACGAGAUAUUCAAGUUUCUUUCGACGAUUGGUCGGAUCCUUUCCCGUCUGGUGGAACAACUGAACAUGCAUCUGGCAUAGAAUCUUAUGAAAUCACAGUGAAUGAAGUAAACGAUGGUGCAUUGUCCUCAAAAGUCAACAACAUGUCUUUGGGUAACAUUACAGCCGGAGGUACAUUUACCAUUACAGCGACCGCCGACAAACCAAGACUAUAUCGGAUACUUCUUACAGUAAAGGAUGUUGCUGACAAUACCAGAAAUGCAAGAGCGUUUGUCCUUUAUGACAACUACUCAACGAUAAUGAUGAAGCAGAAAGAUCUGUUUUACAUCAGUUCUGCGUCACCAUUUAGACAAUUUGAAUGGCAAACGCAUCACAAUGAAAUAUGUAUGAAAUGGCGAGACUAUUUCUACAACAACUUCUACAUAGACAAUGACUAUUUUCAACCAAGUAUUAUAUCAGAACAACCUCCAGUUUCUCUCAUGUAUGAUCAAAUAUCCGGCGAAUUACCAAUCAGUGGAACAAGAACAGUUAAAGGAAUUGUAGACUUUCAGUUUUCCUUCUCAAAGAAUGAGACAUCCUUUUCAAAAGAAAUAUCUGUACCCAAUUUUACUAAUCAGUCCUACUGCCAUCACUUUGAACUAAAAGAUGGCGAAAAAUACACUCUUUCGAUUAAGGCUAUCGACAUAGUAAAUAAUUCUUUGAACGACAGCAGAACCGUUUUCAUAGAUCGAACAGCUCCUAUUAUAAAUAAUAUUUGGCUGACAAAAGAUGAUCAUAGGCAACUGUUCGUCCAUGGCUCUGAGGACCUUUCAAAAAUGAAAAUUUAUUUUGAAACACUCGACCCACACAGUGCAUCUUUUGUGUUACAAGAGACUUGUGAAAGAACUGAUUGUUAUUGUCCAGCCAUUGGCUCAUGUCAGACCUUGGGCUACAGUAUUCCAUUGAACAAACUUGUCGCUAAUAACACGCAUAUCGCGGAUCAUAACAGAAACUAUUAUUUUUGGGUCAAAUCAAGAAAUAACGCAGGUCUUACAAAUAUCGAAUAUCUCGAUAUUUUGGUUGAUUUUUCGCCCCCAGAAACAGGAGUUAUCUUUGAAGGAUUUGAUGGUAACCCGGAGAUCGAUUAUACAAGUGACAAUGACUUACCUGUUCAUUGGCAUGGUUUCAUUGACCAUGAAAGCGGAAUCAUGAUGUACAGAGUCGCACUUGCAGAUCAUUGCCUUAACGCAGAAUCAAUUCUUUCGGAAAACAAAAACGAUUCUAUUAUCGAGGUUAAGGAAAUUAUUGGAAGAGAAACAUCAGCUACGUUUAAAGCCAAUUUUACAGGGAAGUAUUACGCAAGAAUAAGUUCAGGAGAGCGAUUUUUCGUCAGUCUUAAAGCUUUGAGCAAGUCCAAAUCUGAGAGAACACAAGUCAUUGGACCUUUCAUUAUAGACGAAACACCUCCAGAGGUGCGCACGCAUCCAGUUGUUACCAUUUCAGAAAACCAUAUCACCAUGGGCUGGACCAAUAACAGCUUUUAUGAUCCUGAUCAGGAAAAUAACAUAGACCAAAUAUUCUUCCAAAUAGGGAAGUUAUAUGAGAUGAAAUUUAACAACAGCACCACAGUGAAUACAAAGAUUUAUUCAAAUGAUAUGCUACUUUUCAACGAAACAAAUAAUUCUGAGUUGGUAUAUUUUACGUCAUUUACCGAAGAGCCAUGUUUUGACAUUAUCACAGAAGACACAAUCGAACAUCACAUGACUAUUAAAGAAAAGGGUCAUACAGAGUUCAUUACUUCCAGAGCGUUGUUAAAUCCAACUGUAUCGUGGACAACGGACGACAAGAUUUCACGGCAAUCCCUGCGCGUUCAACUAGGUAUGUUCACUGACAUCGCAUCAGAAAAAACGGAUUACCAAGAUGUGACCUUUGUAGAUGUUGGCAGUUAUCUUUCACAGUCAUAUGAAGGGUUUCAAACUCCAAAGGGCGUUACGACCAUUGAAAUAAAAAUGCGUGUUUGUAACAAAAUAAACACGUGCUCUGAAUCAAAUUUAACACAAAUAUUUCAUGUUGAAAGCCCUGUCAGAAACGAAUUGGUUAGCACGUCAGAAUUAAGAAACUCAAACGUGAGCUGUUUGCUUGUACACAUGAAAGGGAUACCCUUCCAGGCUGACAGUGGAAUUUUAUUCCAUCAGUGGUCAUUGUGCUUGGAUGAAGCUUGCAAAAGACAGAUUUCGUCUUGGAAGCUGUUGAACAUCACUGGAAGCACAUUUGAGGUGAAUAUAUGCAUUGCGCCUGAAACAUCAUUAAAGACAAACACAUACGGAUGUAUACGGGCAUUUUCAACUGCUGGAAACGAAAUGACGUGUUGCGCGAAAACCAACGUUUCAAAUACGAAUACAGAUAGGACCAUAUUCGACUUUGAACUUACGUCAAAUGCAUGGAAACACGUACUGGAGAUUAAACACAGCUCAAAUGUUGGCGAACAAUACGAAAUUCUACAGAAUAAUGAGCUUGAUUUUGCCAACGGGAAGUCUGCGGUGGUUGGAGUCAUGCUUUAUGCCGAUCAGCGUAAUUUAACGUGGUAUCUGGUGACAACAUCUACAUUACCUCCGUCUGGCGAUUGUGACAAAAGUUCACAAUGCCAAAACUCUCUAACAACGGGGAAUGGUUAUGCGACGUUUGAUAUCACUCACCUUAUGCAGAACAUACGAUAUUACAUAUGUGCGUUUGCGGAUGAAUCGAUAGUAGAGCGUGAAUAUUCAACAGAACACUUGAGUUCGAUUCAAGAAUGCAGUGAUGGGUUUGUAGUAGACCGUGAGCCACCCUCAGCCGGAAACGUUUUAAUAGAAAACACAAAUGGCUUUGUUGCAAAUGUCAGAAGUAUCAAAAUAUACUGGAAAGGUUUUGCAGAUAAUGUGCACUCUUCAAUGAUGGGAUAUGACCGUGAUAUUGACUAUUACAUGCUUGCAAUAGGUCACAGGAGGGGUCAAGAUGAUAUCAUGCAUUUCAGAAACGUUGGUCAUGUUCAUUCCGUAAACGAAGAUAUUCAAGCUGUCCUAAAUGGAGCAUCAUUUUUUGUAACAGUUAAAGCUGUAGAUUUUGCGGGACAUGAAACAAAGGUAUCGUCAGAUGAAGUACUUGUCGAUACAACGCCUCCAUUUGUGGGAGAUAUCCACAUUCAAAGUAAUUUGUACUCACCUAGAUAUUUCUCGAGCCAUAUAUUAUCAGUUCGAUUAAGUAACUUUAUGGACCAUGAGAGCGGAAUAGACUUUUUUGAAGUUUGUAUCGGCACAGACGUUAAUCUAUGUGAUACUGUCGACUCCAAGCAGGAAUCGGUUGACGUCAUUGAAAUAGCAAUGGAAAAUGCUCUUAGGGAUGGAUCUACAUAUUUCAUUAAUGUUAAGGCGUUCAAUAGAGCCGGAUUGCCAUCAAGAACGGUCUCACGGUCUUUGUCAUUUGACAGUAGUCCCCCAGAGCUUGGCUUUGUUUUUGAUGGGACACGUAAAGAUGCGACUGAUAUCGACUUCCAAAAUACAUCAACGGAAAUACAUAUCCACUGGAAAGGAUUCAACGAUCCACACAGUGGCAUGGCGUACUAUGAGGUCGGUUUAGGGACUCGUCCAUUCGUUGACAAUGUGGAAAGCAUAAUUAACGUUGGCCUUAGAGAAGACUUUAAAUGGCUGGACAAUUUUCAACAUGGCACAAGGUAUUAUGCAACCGUAAAUGCUUGCAAUAACGCAGGACUUUGCCAGAAGCGAACCUCAAAUGGGAUAGUUAUUGACCCUUCUCCCCCGAUUCAAGGACUUGUUAGUAUUGGUUCGGGAUCCAAACACCAUCGAUAUGUUGCUAACAGAGGCUCCGUAACGGUACAAUGGGUUGGUUUUCAAGAUCCGGAAUCUGGCCUGGAUCAUUUUGACAUUUGCAUCGGUGAUUCUCCAUCUAAUUGCAAAUAUCUACCAUACAAGCACUGCCAGUUACGGAACAGUAUUGUGUUGACCGGACUAUCUUUGCCAGAAAACAUAAACCUCUUUGUAACUGUAAGGGCGUUUAAUAAAGCUAAAAUCUUCACAAAUCAAACGUCAGAUUAUUUCCGAAUCGACACCACCGCACCAGUUAUUUUAGAACGCCCUCAAAGACGUCAUGAUAUGAGUGGGGUAUCUUCAAACAAUGGCCAAUGGGAAAGAUCACUAUUAAAACUAAAAUGGAAGUUUGAGGAUAAACAAAGUCCAAUCGUGAGCCACAUUUUAACUUUGAAAACCCAUCAUGACGGUCAUACUCCUGUGGAAUAUCUACACGUCGGGAAUAUUGACAAGCUAACAAUUAGUCUUCACGAAAAUGAUCUGUUAAAUAAUGGAGAUAAAUACUUCGUAACGGUUACAGGGUGUAAUCUUGCUGAUCUUUGCACAGAAGCAAUAUCAGAAAACAUCACUGUUGACUCCUCACCACCACAUGUUGGUGGAUUUAAGCCCCCUCUGAACUGGAAUACGUUUAAGAAAAAUGGAGGUGAGAUGCUUUCAAACGUAACAUUGACAUGGUAUGGAUUUAUUGAUCCUGAAUCUGAAAUAGAGUCCUACUUCAUAACUCUAAGCAGAACAUAUAGUGGUAAUGAACUGUCAAAUGAGACAAUAGUAGUAACAGCAAGUAAUCAACAUUCCGAAAUGAAUACGUCUAUCACAUUAGUUGAAACAAUAAAACCAGAUGACAUUGUCAUUAUUUCUAUCUGGGCAAUGAAUAAAAUUGGACUGAACAGUAGCGUAUCUCGAACAUCGGUUCUAGCAUUGUCUGGUUCAUCAAGACAUGGCAACAUUUCAACAGGCAUACUGGAAUUAGUCAAGCACUCAUGCGACGUUCAUUUCUGCAAUAGUGAUUGCACGUGCGCCGUCUUUGGGAAACCGUGUACUAUGAAAAAAGAUAACAUAACGUGUAACUCUAUGAAUGUUUCGGAAAUUGCAAAUGAACUUCCAACACUUCGUGUCGUAGCGGGAUUGACUGAAACUCACGAGGGAACGACAGCUUCAUCGAAUUGUUUGAGUGGAAAUUGGAAUAUUAUAUCAGGGAAUGAAUCGGCAUUUGAAAGAUAUGAAUGGAGCGCAGGCCUUACAAACCAACCGAUCGGAGAAGGUAUAUACGAUUUGUCAAAGGAGAGGCCAUGGACGGACGUUGGAAAAAGAAAUCAGUUUGUGUACUGUUUGCCAGACAACAAAACUCUGUUGCGAAACAAUAAGUAUGUCAUUUAUGUACGUGUUUGGUACAACUAUGAUCACUUUAGCACAUACAUUUCUCCUCCGAUACUCAUCGAUACGACUCCCCCACAACAGAGUACGAAACGUAAAAUUUUGGAUUCUAAUGAAGACUGCCAAGAAGACGUUGACGUCUUAAAUGCAACAAGCACUGUAACUUGCUGUUGGAACAAGGUAUUCAAAGAAAAUCAGAGUGAAAUUGCAUACUUCGAAGUCGCAUUAGGGACAAGCCCAAAUGGCAGCGAUGUUUAUGGAUUGACGAAUGUUGGGGUGAAUACUCAGAUAACAUUUAACACAAGCUCCCUGCUACAUGGCACACGAUACUAUUGCACUGUUUCUUCUUACAAUAUCCUUGGGUUGCAUACAACAGGAAAUUCAGAUGGCUUUAUGAUUGAUUUUGAUAUUCCGAUUCAGGGCACGGUGUUCAACACACGAUCGUUUUCUAAUCGGCAUUUUCAGUCUUCAACAACAGAAUUUGAAAUAUCUUGGUAUGGCUUCACGGAUCAUUUGUCUGGAAUACGGUCGUAUGAGGUUGCGUACGUUGAAGCCAGUGUAACCAAUUAUACAACUGUCAAUUUUCAAACCACAGGCUUACAAACGAACGGUUUCUUUAGGAACAUAACUUUUCAGCAGGGCAUGUCUUACAAAGGAUUAGUUAAAGCAAUUGAUGGUGCUGGUCAUGAAAGUGAAAUUUCGGUGUCAGCCUCAGUAACAAUUGAUUCGUCUGCACCCACCGGCUAUAUUUGUAGGCAUUGGAAUGCAUCAUCAUUACCUAUCUCGAAUAAUUCAAUUGGUAGUGACUAUAUACAGUUUAAUAUAUCAUGCGAGAGGUACAAGGCAUAUAGGAUCAAUGGAAUAAGUGAUUGCUGCCUUGAUGACACUAGACUUGUACUUCAACAUGGCUAUAACAAAGUUCCAAUUACCUUAGUUAAGAACUACAAUAGGUCGUAUGCAUUCGAAUAUAAUUUUCUAUGCAAGGAAACCAAACAAGAUCUGUUCUCGUUGUAUUUUGACGAAAAUGCAAAGUCUGACAGUAUUCAUCUGUACAUCAGUGAGUGUGAUAUGGAUAUUGGACACGUGCUUGACGUGGUGAAAGUACGACAAAUAGGGCCUUCUACUAUACGUGUAGUUCCUUUUAUUCUCGAUAGAGAAAGUGGAAUACGAAAGUGGUCACUCGGGAUUGGGACGACAGAAAAUGGUUAUCAGUUGCAGACUUUUCAAAAUAAGUUUCAUGGGUCCGAUGGCAUUGUCUCACUCAACGCUUCACAUGGUACAUCCAUAUUUGUUACGGUCAUUGUCGAAAACAAUGCUGGUCUGACCUCUACUUUAAAAGGUAACACAAUAAAGAUAGACAGGACACCGCCUGACGUUGUUGAGAUUAAAGCAGAGUUUCGAGCCAGUGACCUAAACGACACGAUAUUUGCAAGGUGGUCUGCGAAUGAUGAAGAAAGUGGCAUAGCGUACUGUUCCUGUGGACUAGGAAAUGUGGGCGGGCAGUCAGAUAUCAUUCCAAUGCAAGUGUCGGACAGCAUCGAAGGAUGUAAAUUAGUGGCCAUUGAAAAUAAAUCCGAAGUAUUUGUGAACGUUGUCUGUGUCAAUGGUAUGGAAUUGGAGACAUUUGCGUCGACAAAAGUGAAUGUAAUAAGACAUGUCCCUACAACAGAUGAUGCGAUCGUUAAUGUUGUACCGCUGAACGAGUACUCGCCGACACUUCGGGAUUGCGACGAAACCACGUGUACACAGUCUAACCAAAAUAAGUUAUGCUUGGAAUGGACUGGUUUUCAAGAUGUUCGCUAUAUAUCUGGAUACGAGUACAGAAUUCUCGUCGGCAAUUUCUCUGAAAGAAAGUGGAGUCCAUGCAAAAGACAUACGUUUACGGAAGUGAAUAUAAGAAUGCAGGAAAAUGUCAUCUAUUCGGCAGAAGUCAGAGCUAUUAAUCGCUUAGGUCACAGUGCCGAAGUAUCCAAAGAUAUUCGUAGUUUGCCAAAUGGACCAGGCCUAGCAGGGCAACCAGUGAAGACAGUAUUUUCCAACUCUACUCUCUUUUUGGACUGGCAGUCGGUUUUCGAACACACCGGGUUUGAAUUGCGAUAUGAUGUUAUGAUAGGUUCUCAGUCCGGUUAUACUGAUAUACUAGAGCUGCAGAACACCGGAAGUCUACAAUAUACAGUACCUGUGCCAACGUCCACCAUUGUUUCUCCAGUUAUUACGGAGCUCCAUAUUACAAUCAAUGCUAUAGGACUGACUGGAAUUCAGACGCGAUACGGUUUUGUUUACCGUUAUUAG